CACAACGGACAUCGGUUUGUUGUCUUCCUGUUUCAAGAUGUGUGUUGCGGUAGGAAGUUGAUCGCAUGCUAUUGCACGGUCUAUGGACAGUAACGUUUUAGCUACAUUGUGUAUUCUCACGAUUAUGCCCGCAGUAAAUCACGGAUAGAUACAUCGACAUGGUGUUACAUUGUUACUAAAAUAACCGGUUAGUUUGACUUGCACGUGGUUGGUGUUACAGUUCAAAGGCAACCAAUUUACGAGGUAACGUUACUGUACAGUAGUACAAUAACUUGAAAUGAUUGUUUGACAUUAGCUCACAUAUUGCGUGAAAGGAUGCUGAGAACAUUUUUAACAGCUGUCCGAGGGCCUGCGGUCUGCGUGGGUCGGUGUUUCAGUAGUGAAGUGAGUGGUGCAGUUUCCACGUUAGCCGGUUUCUCCUCUCCACCAUUCUCAACCGAGGCUUCACUCUAUGUUCACUGGCCUUACUGUCUGAAGAGAUGCUCCUACUGUAACUUCAACAAGUACAUUCCUCGCUCUGACAACCAGGACGUCAUGUUGGAGUGUCUCCAGCGGGAGACGGAGACCUUACUAAAGCUCAGCCAGGUGUCCCGGAUCACCUCUGUGUUUUUUGGAGGUGGGACUCCUAGCCUGGCCCGCCCCUCCACUAUCGCUGCAGUCCUAGAGACGGUUGCCAGGCACGCUGGACUAUCAGAGGAGGCGGAGGUCACUCUGGAGGUCAACCCCACCCCCGUAGGAAGCUCUAAGUUGGAGGACUUCCUCCAUGCUGGUGUCAACCGUUUUUCCAUCGGGGUGCAGUCUCUCCGGGACGACAACCUGAAGGUUCUGGGGAGAGAUCAUAACUCCCAGCAUGCUUUGCAGACCGUAGCGGAGGCUCGGAGGCUCUGCCCGGGUAGGGUGUCAGUCGACGUCAUGUUCGGACGUCCUGGUCAGAGCGUUGCAUGCUGGGAGUUGGAAUUGGAUGAGCUGCUGUCGGUGUGUGAUGACCACGUCUCCCUGUACCAGCUGACCCUGGAGAGAGGCACACAGCUCUUCAGACAGGUCCAGAAAGGCCAACUGAGUGUGCCCAGUGAUGACAUCACAGCUGUCAUGUAUGAAUCUGCCAGGAGGAUUCUUCAGAAGAGAGGCUAUCUGCAGUAUGAGGUGUCCAACUUUGCAAGAAAUGGUGCCAUCAGCCAACACAAUAUGAGCUACUGGAAGGCCAGUCAGUAUCUUGGAGUGGGCCCAGGUGCCCAUGGUCGCUUCGUCCCCCAUGGAGAGGGGGAUGUGUGUCGAGAGGCCCGUACCCAGACUCUGGAGCCUGAUGUCUGGUUGAGAGAGGUGCAGCAGAGGGGUCACGGGACUCGACGCAGGAUACCCCUCACUUACCUGGGACUAUUGGAGGAGGUGUUGGUCAUGGGACUGCGUUUGAUUGACGGCAUCACUCACCAGCAUUGGCAGUUGUUCAGUCCCAGGGCAGAUCUACACCAGAUUCUCAGCUCAUCCUCUGAAGUACAAGAUCUUCAACAGACAGGCCUUCUAAUCCUGGAUGCCAGGGGUCUGCGGUGCUCGUGGCAGGGCCUGGCCUUACUGGACAGCAUGUUACCCACCCUGCUGCUGCUGCUGGAGGCCUACAUCACCCAGGGGCUCCAGGAGCAGCAGGCCAGGGGGCCACCAUAGGAGACCAGAGAGAUAGAGGACAGAGGGGCUACAAGCCUGGCUGACCCGGAGACUGACCCGGAGACUGACCCGGAGACUGACCCGGCGACUGACCCGGAGGCUGACCCGGAGGCUGACCCGGCGACUGACCCGGAGACUGACCCGGCGACUGACCCGGAGACUGACCCGGCGACUGACCCCGGAGACUGACCCCGGAGACUGACCCCGGAGACUGACCCCGGAGACUGACCCGGAGACUGACCCAGAGAGCCACUAUGAACUGUAGAUACGGGUCUGAUCUACCAUCUCCACUGAUGAAGUAGAUUAGCUGCAGUAAGAUGACACUAAACUACAGUCACCAUGUUGUGAUCAGUGACGGGUUAGAUGGGCCUGAGAUGCUGAUAAAGAUCUGUACAGGAUAUUUACAGUUGAACAGGAUGCUGCCGGGACUCAGGAAAGGUUCUCCACACCAUGUCCUCUAUGAACAAAUCAUUCUGUACCCCUUCAAUGUAGUAGAGGUAAUCUCUCUCUCACACACACACACACACACACACACACACACACACACACACACACACACACACACACACGACAAGCAGUUACCAAAAGCAGCAGUUAAAUAAAAGGUUAGCGUGCCACAGACUCCAGUUUCUCCACGCUUAUCUAGUUAUCUGUCAUCAGCGCUGUAGUGAAGCACUGUUAUUGUCAAAGUCCCUCUAAUGGAUCUCUGCUUCCUCAUCAUCAUAGCGUGAGAAGAUGUAGCGUGAGCAGCGGGCUGGGUCACCUGACAGAGUGAGAGUGGGUGACGCGGUCGUGGUCCCUGUAUCUGGCCCAGGUGCAGAGCAGAUACCAGAUUAGACAGACAGGCUUAAACCUUCUGUUGUCCAUCAGCUGUCAUGAAAGGCUUGGUCUGACAGGUACACAGCAUGUAAUCCACCAAGAAGAGUCUGGAGCGUGUUGUUUAAGCCUGAAGACAGCAUCACAACACUGUAGACUGGAGCGUGUUGUUUCAGCCUGAAGACAGCACCACAACACUGUAGACUGGAGCGUGUUGUUUCAGCAUGAAGACAGCAUCACAACACUGUAGACUGGAGCGUGUUGUUUAAGCAUGAAGACAGCACCACAACACUGUAGACUGGAGCGUGUUGUUUAAGCAUGAAGACAGCACCACAACACCAUAGACUGGAGCGUGUUGUUUAAGCCUGAAGACAGCACCACAACACUGUAGACUGGAGCGUAUUGUGGAGGCUUGUUGAGAUGGGCCUCUUGACACGCUGAGUGUAUUGUAGUUAUAGUGUACAUGGGUUAAUAAGAAGAGCACAUUUAUAAUAGGAUAAUUAUAACCGAUUGCCAAGUCUGUGAAAUGUAUAGUUGGUUUAAUUUCUUACUCAAUAAAAAUGUAAAGUGCUUUCUACUAUUCAUUCUCAUAUUAAUGGUCAUUCAUGCUCAUUAAAGAAAUUGUGUGCAUUCCCUAUAAAUGUAAAUACUUUUGACCUGAGCCCUGUGAGCCCUAUGAGCCCUGACCUGAUGCCCUGUGAGUCCUGACCUGAGCCCUGUGAGCCCUGACCUGAGCCCUGUGAGUCCUGACCUGAGCCCUGUGAGUCCUGACCUGAGCCCUGUGAGCCCUGAGGGUUAACUGCCUUGUUCAGGGGCAGAACGACAGCCCUAUGAGGCGGGGCGGCAGCGUAGCCUAGUGGUUAGAGCUUUGGACUAGUAACCGAAAUGUUGCAAGUUCGAAUCCCCGAGCUGACAAGGUACAAAUCUGUCGUUCUGCCCCUGAACAAGGCAGUUAACCCACUGUUCCUAGGCCGUCAUUGAAAAUAAGAAUUUGUUCUUAACUGACUUGCCUAGUUAAAUAAAGGUAAAAUAAAAAUGAGCCCUGACAUGAGUCCUGACCUGAGCCCUAACCAAAACGAGUGCAUUACAUAGGGAAUAGGAUGCCAUUUGGAAUGCACACAAUACCAUGUCUCCAUGUCUCUUUCUCCAUGUCUACAUGUCUCUUUCUCCAUGUCUCUUUCUCCAUGUCUCCAUGUCUCUCUCUGUCUCCAUGUCUCUGUCUCCAUGUCUCUCUCUGUCUCCAUGUCUCUUUCUCCAUGUCUCUCUCUCCAUGUCUGUCUCUUUCUCCAUGUCUCUCUCCAUGUCUCUUUAUCAAUGUCUCCAUGUCUCUUUCUCAAUGUCUCCAUGUCUCUCUCCAUGUCUCUCUCCAUGUCUCUCUCCAUGUCUGUCUCCAUGUAUCUCUCUGUCUCCAUGUCUCUUUCUUCAUGUCUCCAUGUCUGUCUCAAUGUCUCUCCAUGUCUCUUUCUCCAUGUCUCUCUCUGUCUCCAUGUCUCUCUCUGUCUCCAUGUCUCUCUCCAUGUCUCUUUAUCAAUGUCUCCAUGUCUCUUUCUCCAUGUCUCCAUGUCUCUCUCUCCAUGUCUCCAUGUCUGUCUCCAUGUCUCUCUCUCCAUGUCUCUUUCUCCAUGUCUCCAUGUCUCUCUCUCCAUGUCUCUCUCCAUGUCUCCAUGUCUGUCUCCAUGUCUGUCUCCAUGUCUCCAUGUCUGUCUCCAUGUCUCUCUCUCCAUGUCUGUCUCCAUGUCUGUCUCCAUGUCUCUCUCUCUCCAUGUCUCUCUCCAUGUCUCUCUCUCUCUCCAUGUCUCUUUCUCCAUGUCUCCCUGUCUCUUUCUCCAUGUCUCCAUGUCUCUCUCUCCAUGUCUCUCUCCAUGUCUCCAUGUCUGUCUCCAUGUCUCUCUCUCCAUGUCUCCAUGUCUCUCUCUCCAUGUCUCUUUCUCCAUGUCUCCAUGUCUCUCUCCAUGUCUCUCUCCAUGUCUCCAUGUCUCUCUCUGUUUAUUGCUCUAAACUUGUGUUUUCCCCUGUUCCGUGUGUUGACCUGUAUAGAGAAGGGCCCUGUGUUGACCUGUAUAGAGAAGGGCCCUGUGUUGACCUGUAUAGAGAAGGGCCCUGUGUUGACCUGUAUAGAGAAUGGCCCUGUGUUGACCUGUAUAGAGAAGGAGACACAAAUGGCACUCUAUUCCCUGUGUAGUGCGCUACAUUUGACCCAUAGGGUUCUGGUCUAAAGUAGUGCAUUAUGUAGGGAAUAGAGUUCCAUUUAGGAGGCCUCCUUGGUAUCAUGAUAGGCUUGUACUGGUGCUGCUGUGUUCUUCAGAGAUGUCUGGAUGAAUGAUUAGCAGUAAUGUGAGCAGACUGACACUACUGGGUAAUGUUCACCACUCCUACAACCUGCUGCUGAGGGGGUUUUGCAUUUCAAUAGUGGAGCAUCUGCAGGUGCAGUCAAAUUGGAAGCUGUUGACAAGGACCCAAUGAAUACAAAUUCAUUGAUGCACCUCUAUGACCCAAUAUACCAGGCAGGUAGGAUCAUAGAAUGCUACAUUCUAUGGGAAGAGUAGUGACGACCCACAGCCUUUAAUUGCCUACAUAAUUGAUGAGUUUAUUUCCAAAACACCAUUUUUUUGUAAAAACAUUUUUUUUAACUUUUAUUUUACUAGGCAUGUUUUCACAUUUGUGUUUUUUCAUCAGAAAUGAUUGCUAACGGGUUCCUUCAUGUUUCUGUAAAAUAUUAUUGUUAUUAUUCAUAGAUAUUGUAAUUUUUUUCCCCUUGUAGAUUUUAGAUUUGUUGUUUUUUUGCGAAACACUAUACAGUAGCUGGUAUGUUAUGUUCCUAUCUUGUAUAUUGGACUGUGACAUGUGGUCGUCUCACCAUAUCUUCAGAUUAAUGCACUGGAUAAGAGCGUCUGCUAAAUGACUACAUUUGAAAUGUAAAUGUUUUACAUACAGAUCUCAUAUUACUGUAUUGAAUAAUUGUUUACCUUUUUUUUUUAUUUGUCACGUAUAAUUUUCAGUUUUUUUUUUUUUAAUAGUUACAUUUGACUGUGUAGCAGUACUACUGAUUUCUCUGAGAGUGAGGCAGAUAUAUAUUAUUACUGUGUAAAACCUAGCAGUACUACUGAUUUCUCUGAGAGUGAGGCAGAUAUAUAUUAUUACUGUGUAAAACCUAGCAGUACUACUGAUUUCUCUGAGAGUGAGGCAGAUAUAUAUUAUUACUGUGUAAAACCUAGCAGUACUACUGAUUUCUCUGAGAGUGAGGCAGAUAUAUAUUAUUACUGUGUAAAACCUAGCAGUACUACUGAUUUCUCUGAGAGUGAGGCAGAUAUUUAGCACAAAAAAAACAUUAUUUGUCUCUGAAAUGAAACAAGUUAUUUAAAACUAAACACGUCUGUCAUUGAACAACCGCAUGAGUGAUUAGAUAGUGAAAAACACACCAAUCUCUUUCAUAUUUUCUUUAAACAAUUAAAGCUAAUUUACCAACAUUUCUGAAAAUGGAUAUAUAGCGUUUUGGAAUGAAACUCUUCAAUUACUACGUCACACAUUGAGUGUUAAGAUUUGUUAUUUUGAUAAACAGUCUGUUAUUUUUAUUCGUUUUUUAUAAUGAAAGGACAUUCAAUGUGGUGAACGUUUGCUUUAGACAAGGGCAGGACAGUAAGCUCUAUCAUAAAAUAAAUGUAUAGAAUAAUGUUUUAGAA